GCCAAGAUCGGUGCAGUGCCUCACUACGCACUCGCUGCGGCUGGCUGCUACCAAAAUUACAACCACCAGCAUGAUGACCCAACUUCUUCGAGUCGCUGUUCUGGAAUGCGACACGCCCGUGGAUCCCAUCCUCGCCCAAUAUGGCACCUACGGGGAUAUCUUUGAGAAUCACCUGAACGAGGGGCUGCAGACGAUUGAGACUCCUGUAAAACUGCAAAUGACAAAGACCAAUGUCGUGCUACCAUUUGCCGAGUACCCCAAACCCGAAGACUUCGACAUCGUUCUCUUGACCGGCAGCAAACACGACUCCUACAAAGAUGAGCCAUGGAUACUCACACUGCUCCGCUUCGUCCAAGAUUGCUAUACCGUACAUCACAAACCUAUGAUUGGGAUCUGCUUCGGCCACCAGAUCAUUGCGCGGGCUCUGGGGGCCCGCGUUGGCCCCAGUGUCUCUGGGUGGGAGGUUGCCGUCGAGCCGUUCUACUUGACCAGUGCAGGGAGGCAGCUUUUUGGGAAGAAUGAGAUUUCUUUGCAGAUGAUGCACCGUGAUGUAGUCUUCGAAGUUCCGCCGGAAUGUGUGAACCUCGGUAGCAGUCUGAUCUGCGGUAUCCAAGGCCUGUAUAUCCCGAAAACGAUUUUAACGGUUCAAGGCCAUCCAGAGUAUAAUGGGUUCAUGGUCAGCUCGAUUCUCAAGAUGCGCCAUGAGCGCGGUGUGUUCGAAGAGAGCUUCUACAAGGAUGGCAUGUCGCGGGUCGAUAAGCCGCACGACGGGGUGUUUGUCGCGGAAACGAUGACACGAUUUGCCUUGGGGAUGUUAGAUUGAUUUGGA